AUGCAGGUGGAUGAGCAGAGCAGUAGUGAGGAGAAAAGCAGAAAGAGGUGUGGUGGUGGGGACUCAGAUGAUGAGCAGCCUAGGCGUAGGAGUUCAAGUGAGAGCAGUAACAAUGGAGAAGGACAUGUAAAUCGGUACAAAAAGAUUGGUAAUAGUAAUAAUAAUAAUAAUAAUGGAGGAGGAGCAGGAGGAGGAUCCGUAAGACAGUAUGUUAGAUCCAAAAUGCCUAGGCUUCGUUGGACUCCAGAUUUGCAUCACUGCUUUGUUCAUGCAGUUGAGAGAUUGGGCGGCCAAGAUAGAGCAACUCCUAAGCUGGUAUUACAACUUAUGGACGUGAAAGGACUUACAAUUGCUCAUGUAAAAAGCCACUUGCAGAUGUACAGGAGCAUGAAAAAUGAUGAGAAUGGUCAAGCCAACGCUUCAUCCGAAAGAUUCGCAGAGGAUACGAUUUCAGAUUGGUUUCCAAGAUCUAGAUCGACUUGUACGCAGCCCUAUGACGAUGCGAGAUCAGAAUUCCUCAAGAAUAACAAUAAAAAUGACUAUUUCGAAGCAAUGGAUUAUCAACCUGGUUAUUUGGUUCAGCGUCCUGCCAAUUUGAGUUCCUCGGAGUAUCGGUGUAGAAUGCGACCAUUGAAUAAUACCAGAAUUAGUCCCCACUGCACUAGUACUCAGAGACAAAGUGUUAAAUCAGAUGCAUUUUCCCAGUGGGCUGGAUUAAGACAAGAAGAAGUCAGAGAAAGGACUAGGCAUUUGACGCUGCUUCAAGGAUCAUUUUUGAGACGAGAGUCAACUGAUGAAAAGAUUAUAGGUAAACUCCAUGAAGAUGCAUCACAUUCAAGGCUACACGCUUCUUGUAGAGAGACCUCAAAUAACAACAAUCUUCCAAAACAUGUCAUUGAAGACAAUACUAGCACAGCCUUACAAGAAACUCACCAAAAGAACUAUAACUGGCAGUCAGGAGUACAGGAACAACUAGCUUUACAAUUGCAGCUACAGAGAGGACAACUAGCAAAGCAAAUAGAAAAGCUUUCACGAUUGCAUCCAGCUAAAGAUGGAGAGAAGUCACAACGCAUUACAGGAAGCGGCGCUGAACAGGAGGGGGAAGAAGAAAUUGACAGCAGUUUAUCUCUUUCUUUGUUCUCCAAGAACACCACCAAGGAAGAUUCUAAUAAAAGAUCCUCCUUUAAGUUGCAGAAGCAGCAACAUCAGCAGAAAAACAUAAAUAGUAAUAAUGAUGGGCUUAGAUUGGAGCUUACAAUGUCUAUCGGAUCUUCCUGA